AUGAGACCCGGAAAAGGGCUAAGGCACAACAGGAGUCGCCGGAGGAGCGAGGAGGCCCAGGCCGAAGGACUGCAGGCGCAGCUGCAGAUGGCGCUGCAGCUGGAGGAGGCCGCGGCACAGGAGGCAGAGCAAAGGUUGCAGGGCCUGGCGAAGGCGGAGGCUUCCCUGCAAGAGACCUGGGAGGAGGAGCUGCUCAUCUCCCGCCGGAGCUGCGAGGGUUUGGUGGGCAGCAACUCGGACCUGGAGGUCCAAGUCCGGAGCCUGCAGGAGGCCUGCGAGGAGGCGCACAGCCGUGCAGUUGACCUGGGGACCUUGGAGACCUCCCUGCGCCACAAAGUGCAGCAGCUGGAGGAGGAGGUCGCGGAGUCCAAGGGCGCCCGUGCCAGCGACCAGCUGGCCAUCGCCGCGCUGCAGCACCAGGUGCUCGCGCUGGAGAGCGAGGUGGGCUCCCGGCAGUGCGCCCUGGAGACGGAGGCGCUGGCGGAGGCGGAGGCGGCGGAGAUGGCCAAGGCGCUCAAAGCGCAGCUGCAGGGCCUCGAGGCGGAGCAUGCGGGUCUGCAGCAUGCGCUUGAGCGCCAGAGCGAGAUGGAGGUGGAGCUCCAUGCGAAGGCGGCCAACCUGAAGAGUGCCCUGGAGGAGUCGGAUGGGCGGGGCCAGAAGUUGGAGGAUGCAGGGAAGGCCUUGGAGCAGGAGGUGGGCCGGCUCGAGGAGGAGCUGGCGACCAAUCGCCUCAGCUCCGACGAGGACCAGAGGCGUGUGCACGCGCUGCAGGAUCAGAUCGCGCUGCUGAAGGUGGAGAUGGCGGCACGGGACACCUCCCAGGAGAUGCAGAUCUCCACGGAGGCGGAGCUGCAGAAGCAGCUCUUUGAGGCGAAGGCCCGGCUGGAGGCCGUGAGCCUCACAGAAGGGAUGCAGCAGGAGCUCAUCGCCAGGCUCCAGGGUUCCUUGAACAGCUUCGAGACCGACCUCUCGCAGAGUCGCACCGACCUGGUGGCCCAGGAGUCUCUCAGGACACGGCUGCAGGAGCGAUUUGGAGACUCUGCGGGCCGAUUGCGGGCAGAGGGAGAAGUUGGCCUCAGAGCUCCGCUUGCAGCUGACCAGCUCCGAGGACGAGCUGAGCGUGGUGAACACCUCCUACCGCACCCUGGAGCACAUGGAAGCCCAGCUGCGCAGCCAGCUGGGCGAGCGCGAGGACUUGGUCUCCCAGUCCAAGUCCGAAGUGAAGAUGCAGGAGUCUGUGGCCAGCCGCCUGGAGGAGAGGCUCACGGAGGCCACCUCGGAGCUGGCCACCGCGCGCUGGGAGAUCACCUCCCAGGAGCAGAAGGCCAAGCUGGUCAGCUGCGACCUGGACUCCUCCCGUGCCAAGCUCAUGGAGGCGGAAGCGGAGGUGCAGCGGCAAUACUCCGAGGAGAAUGCGACUUGCAGCAGCAGCUGGCCAUGGUGGACGCGUCCCUGGCAGCGGCUUUGUCCACCAACGAGGACCAAAGCGCAGCCCACGCCAGGCUGGAGGAAGGCUACGAGCAGCUGAAAUCUGAGCUGGCCGCAGCCACGGAGACCGGCGAGCACCACCACAAGUCCAAGAGCCAGCUGCAGGACCAAGUUGCAGAGCUGCAAGGAGAGGUGGCAGAGAUGCAUUUGAGCUGCCAGGCGAAGAGUCGGCAGGAGGCGGAGCUGCAGCAGCGCCUCCAGCGCAGUGAGGCGGAGCUGUCGAUGGCCCAAAGCGGCGCCAAGGCGCAGCAGGAUGUGGCAUCUGACCUCAAGCAGUCCCUGGAUGAUGUCAAGAGGGAGCUGGCGGUGCGAGUGAAAGAAGCCCAGGAGAAGCAAGACCAGGUCUCAUGCCUCCAACGAGACGGCCAGAAAGCACAGUCCAAACUAGCAGAAGUCUCCAAGGAACUGGCCGGCGCAGAGACGAGGGUAGAAAGCUUCUACGAACGUUGUGCUCAGCAGGAAGUCCGAUGUCUCACAAAGGCACAGGGCGAGCUUGCAAGUGCACGCAGAGAAGGAGAAUCUCUGCAAGGACUAGAAGCAGACUUGAAGUCAUCCCUGGCAAAGAAAGAAGCUGUAUUGAUGGGUGCUUUGGCUACCUCAGAGACCCACCGGGCCAAUGAAGCUGCCUUGAGAAUCGCUUUGCAGAAGCAAGAGCGGCUGCUUGCGGAUGAGCGGGUGGCCAAAGACUCGGCAGAACGGCAACUCCUGCAGAGCUCCGCGGGAGUUGCGGGCUUGCGACAGGAGCUCGCGGAAGCAACAGCCCAACGAGAUGAGCAUGCAAGCUUCGGGCAGAAUCUGCAAUCGAAGUUCCAACACCUCGAGGCGAAGUCCGAGGCCAGGCUGGAGGAGGCGGCGCAAAGCGAAUCCGCGCUGCGGGAGAAGCUGCAGGAAGAUUUCUGGGGCAAGCUCAAUGCCAAGCCAAAGCUCCAGGAUACGAAUCAGCUCAAUGGGCCACGGAGCCAUUUUCAGGAGAAGGCCCGCGAUGCGCGGCGGCGUGUGGUCGCAGUGCUGCGCCGGGCCGGGGACCUCCAUCACGCCACCAUCGAGCUGGAGAUCUCGCGGUUGCUGCAGCAGAGGGGCCGCAUGUUUGAGCCUACAGCUGCAGACGCUGGGGAGGCCAUGAUGCAGACAAUGAUGCAGCGCCUUUCUACCAGGAGAUGGCGUUUGGCCCAAGAGCUGGAGGGUAUCCAGGAGCAGGUGAAGGACGCCAUACGUCUCAACGAGGGCACCACCGAAGGCUCAGAUGAGGAUCAGCUCGUGGCCGAGCGCCUGGAGCUGGAUGCCCAGCUGAUCUCCCAGGACGUUGCGCUGCUCCGCGCCCAUGCGGUGCUGGACGACGUGCCCUGGGCGGUGGUCAAGGCGCUGGCUACAGCUAGCGGCAUCAUCCUUCCCGAAGAUGGAAAGGAAGAGAAAUAUCCAUUGCAUUGGGCAGCCGCGCAUGGAAGGCGGGACGUGGUCGAGUUCCUUCUGCGCUACCCAGCGGAAGAUCUACUGAACCAGCGCGAUGACCAAGGCCGCACGCCGUUGUUCUAUGCGGAGCGUGCUGGCAAUGAUGCGCUGGCUUUGUAUUUGCGCGAGCGCGGCUCAGACAUCAACCCACAGGAGCCCAUUCAUGUGCGGCCUUCCGGUGCCAGCAUUCCGGAUGCGUAUGCAGAUGUCAUCAAGGUGGUCGAGGAGAGAGGCUGGCACGCGGUGAAGUGGAUAGAGGGCUUCACACUGCUGCACUGGGCGGCAGAGCGCAACCUCGCAGAUUUCUGCAGGUACUUCGUAGCGCUGAAUGCUGACCCAAAUGCCAUCGACAGCCGCGGGCGAACGGCACUAAAAUGUGCCAUGGACACCAACAGCAGGGACGCUGAGAUGGCAUUGCGGGAGCUCAUGGGGCUUGGAUCCCCGUUCCCCGCAGAGCCGACGACUGGUAUGUUUCCCCAGGAGCCGGUGUCCCGAAGUGAGCUCAGCAGGUCGAAUCUUGCACCGAGCCCUACGGACUCUGGUGGAAUACCAGAGGCAUAUAUCCGUGUGAUGAAGCAAAUUGAUCAAAUUGGAUGGGAGAAGAUGUGCUGGGCACGUGGCUUCACACUGCUACACUGGGCAGCGAAGCACGACCGUGCUGACCUGUGCGAGCUCUUCCUGUGGCACGGUGCGGAGGUCAACCACCGGGACGACAGCGGGCGCUCGGCGAUGGACUACGCUCAGCUGCGGCAGCCCCCGGCCCUCGCCGCGCUGGAAGUCAUGCAGCGAGGAAAGCCAAAUCACAAGCCAGUGGUGAUGCUACCGGAAGCGUGA